AUGCCCUUCAUUGUCUCCUCGUAUGGAGUCCUGUGUUUCUGGGAUGAUGCCACGUGUAAAGCAAUGCUGUUCCUGUUCAGGGUCAUGCGGGGACUGUCCACCUGCACUACCACCUUCAUGAGUGCUUUCCAGGCCCACAUCAUCAGCCGCACCCCUGCCCAGAGGGCUUGGCUGAAAAGUCGACUCUCCACCUGCAUCCUUCUUUCGCUGCUCUCCUUAUGGAUCUUGAAUCCCAUCAUGUAUUUCAACAUCAUCACAAAUGUACAAUCCAAUUGCAAUUCAACCAUCAUGAGCCUGGGAUUUUCUCAUCCCUACUGUCAAACGAACUUCAUAAGGGCCACCUCAAUGCCCAUUAUCGGAUAUUUUGUGCUGCUAGAUGCUCUGUUCGUGGUCCUCAUGGUGGCCCCCAGCCUCUACAUGGUGACGCUUCUCUACCGACACCGCCGCAGAGCCCAGCACCUCCACAGUCCCAUCCUUGCCUCCCAGACAGCGCCUGAGAACACAGCCACCCACACCAUCCUGCUGCUGGUCAGCUGCUUCGUGUUCUUCUAUUGUUCCAACAACAUCGUGAAAAUGUAUUCCUUGUGGACGCUGGAGAAAUUGAACAAAUCCAAGGGUGUGCUUCUGAUGUUGUCCUUCAGCUACCCCACUCUAUGCCCGUUCUUGCUCAUGAAGAAUAACAGAAUGGUUUCACGAUGGUUCACUCACUUAUGUUAUACCAAGAAUGAUCCAUUUUAA